AUGAUGGGUGGGGAUCAGAGGAUGAUGGGUGGGGCUCAGAGCAUGAUGGGUGGGGCUCAGAGCAUGAUGGGUGGGGAUCAGAGGAUGAUGGGUGGGGCUCAGAGCAUGAUGGGUGGGGAUCAGAGGAUGAUGGGUGGGGCUCAGAGCAUGAUGGGUGGGGAUCAGAGGAUGAUGGGUGGGGCUCAGAGCAUGAUGGGUGGGGCUCAGAGCAUGAUGGGUGGGGCUCAGAGCAUGAUUGGUGGGGCUCAUAGCAUGAUGGGUGGGGCUCAGAGCAUGAUGGGUGGGGCUCAGAGCAUGAUGGGUGGGGCUCAGAGCAUGAUGGGUGGGGCUCAGAUAGUGGGCAGGGAUAGUGAUAGACACAGAGUUAGUGGGCAGGGAUAGUGAUAGAUAGCCACAGAGAUAGUGGGCAGGGAUAGUGAUAGACACAGAGUUAGUGGGCAGGGAUAGUGAUAGACACAGAGAUAGUGGGCAGGGAUAGUGAUAGACACAGAGAUAGUGGGCAGGGAUAGUGAUAGACACAGAGUUAGUGGGCAGGGAUAGUGAUAGAUACAGAGUUAGUGGGCAGGGUUAGUGAUAGACACAGAGUUAGUGGGCAGGGAUAGUGAUAGAGACAGAGAUAGUGGGCAGGGAUAGUGAUAGAUACAGAGUUAGUGGGUAGGGAUAGUGAUAGACACAGAGUUAGUGGGCAGGGAUAGUGAUAGAGACAGAGAUAGUGGGCAGGGAUAGUGAUAGGCACAGAGAUAGUGGGCAGGGAUAGUGAUAUAAACAGAGACAGUGGGCAGGGUUAGUGAUAGACACAGAGACAGUGGGCAGGGAUAGUGAUAGACACAGAGUUAGUGGGCAGGAAUAGUGAUAGACACAGAGUCUCUCUGUAUUCUGCAGUGCAGUGUGUUGUGUAGCUCCAGUGUACAGGGCUCAUCAGAGCACGCUAGAUAAAAGCGCUCAUCUCCAGCAGAGAGCUUAAUUAAAAGAGGGCUGCCGCUGAGGAGUGACACCUUUUACAAGCUCCCAACGCCUCUCAGCCUCUCAGCCUGCCGUUACUGCCAAUGCAAUUACUGAAUUACAGGCCCGGCCCAUAAAACAGACUGGGAAGGAACUGCCGCAAAUAGGCAGGUGUUAAGGAAAAUAGAACGACGCUAUUAAAGACUAUAUAAAGAUUCACAUGGAGUCGAUUCUGCAGAAUCGCUGUUGGGGUGGAGGGGAGGGGGGAUGGUCGUUUUCACAGGAGAUAAGAGUGCAAGAGUGACGCUUGGAGCGAGAGCUAUUGAACAGUCAAAAGUGUGUGUGUGUGUGUGUGUGUGUGUGGUGUGUGUGUGUGUGUGUGUGUGUGUGUGUGUGUGUGUGUGUGUGUGUGUAUGUGUGUGUGUGUGUGUGUGUGUGUGUGUGUGUGUGUGUGUGUGUGUGUGUACAGGUAUACAGUGUGUGUGGGGCUCUCAGGGAAUCCAUCCCUGCUCUGUGAAUCUGAACACACUGCAGCAGUCAGUCAGUCAGCCAGGCAGGCAGUCAGUCAAUCAGCCAGGCAGGCAGUCAGUCAAUCAGCCACAGCAUCCUGGAGAUUAUUUUUCCCCUCUAAAGUCACCUCCUCAAUGUCAUUAGAGCACAUCACAAAUAGACUGGGGCUAGGAAAACUGACACUAUGGAUAACCACCAAACACUACACACACACACCACACACACACACACACACACACACACACACACACACACACAUUCAGUCUAACACUGCAUGACUUUCUCUAGACUGUCCCAGCAUUACUGAGAUUCCAGUGUUAGUCUAGCAGAGUAAGGUACCUGUGUGUUGUUUCUAACAGUAGCAGGUCAUUCUCAAGCCCAUCUGGAGCAGUGUCACCUGGCAUCACUUCUACCUGAGGGGCUACAGGAGAACACUGUGGGGGUCAGCUAACUAUAGCAGGGCAUGUGAGAGAGAUAGAGGGAUGGAGAGUGAUGAGAUGUGAUUACUGCAUGACAGAGGUGUAAAAACAGAAUGGGUUGAGGAGAGGUGAGAUGAGGAGAGUCAAAAAUGGUGGCUAUAUUUUAAGCUCAAUGCUUCCACUGAAAAGUAAAGAGAACUCCAGCAGUGAAUGUAUCUGAAAUCGCUCUCUGCCUUCCCAGUCCUUGGCCUACUGGCUUGCUCCAUCUAAUCUGCACUGUUUGACUGUUUGGACGGUAGCAUUAGAGCACAGUUUAGUAGGUUGGUAAUGGUAACCCAUACCACAGGCUGGAGGGACACAGUUAAUGAGGGGCCUAUGCAUCAGCCUCCCUGUCCAAUGUGUCAGGCACCACUGAUCCAAUGUGACAUGGCUGCCUAAAUCCCCUCAACCAUGACCUGGGGCCAGGAGGGUCCAGGGAUACAUUUACAUCCUGUCUGAAAAACACAGAGCAGUAAUGCAGUAAUGCUGCCCACGGCCAACGGGUUUCCUAGGCUGUCCCAGGGGUGGGUCUAGAUGUGGUCUCUGCUCUGAGACAGACUAACCAGAAUGCUGUGUGGUAGUAUUCUAAUGGAAGGAAGGAAGGAGUCUCCUGAGAAACUCCUUCUCUUUUUCCCCUCUUUCUUGCUCUCUUUUUGGCUGAGGAGAUUACCCAUGGGGCAAUGCAACUCCCGAUAUGCCCAGACUAUAUGCCCUUGCAAUAAAGAACAAUAUAAUAUGUGUGUUUAAAAAAGCAUCAAGAGUGUCAUUUCUGAAAGAUCACGUCAUAAAAAACCCACACGUAUAUGGUUUUUCAUCUAUAGGAUUAAACUGUUGUGUUCUGUUUUCCAUGUUACAGUAUGGUGUCAUUGGAUCAUUAGAGUGUGUUGAAGUGUUUCAUGUGAAUAGCUCAUCUGAUCUGUAGAUUACGGGACUAUGUCUGAUCUGAGUGGCUUUCUAUGGGAUUUCUCUUGACCACAUAGAGGCUGGACAGCUGAACUAGCAGAACAAUUAGACGUGAUUACAUACAGUACCAUAUGAGUCAUUAUCCCCAACAGAUAUCACAGCUUCCUCCAAUGCACAUUCUCAGAACUCCUUCAUGUGGCAUUUCUAGGAAAGAUGUUAUUUUCCAUCGACUGCUCAGGUCGAGCCACUCCAACCCGUUGCACAAAACGAAUACACAUUCUGAGUCAGACAGGGAUUUUAAUGGCCCUGAGCAGCUCAAAUGAUGAGCUGUUUUAUCUGUAGACAUCUGGAUGGGAAUCAAUGUUGCCACUGUCUCUGGUAAACUCAAUAAUGCAGGCUUUUCCAGCUGCUCAUGGAGUAGUAUUUCCAGUUUACCAAGUGCUUUUACUCAAAGCAUAAUGUUUACCUCUCAACAUGUCUUAAUAUCAACCAACAGCUGGCCCUGGCAUGCCACGUCCUUCCUCCUCAGACAGCAAAUCCUCUCAUCUCACCUCUCCUCUCCUCUCCUCUCCUCUCCUCUCCUCUCCUCUCCUCUCCUCUCCUCUCCUCUCCUCUCCUCUCCUCUCCUUUUCCAUCUCCCUCUACUCUCCCAGUCCUACCAGGCAAAUUCAACUACUUAGUCACUCAGUCACUCAGUAUACUUGGAUGCGUCUCUGUCUGUCUGUCUGUCUGUCGGUCUGUCUGUCUGUCUGUCUGUCUGUCUGUCUGUCUGUCUGUCUGUCUGUCUGUCUGUAUGGCUGUCUGUCUCUUUGUCUGUAUGUCUGUCUUUGUGGUGGAAUUGGCAGGAAAUCUCCUCUACGUCUUUCCCCCUCCUUCCUUCCGACUCUGAAGUGUCCAUUCAGGGCUGAGCGGAAGUUGAGCGUCAGCACAGCCCCAUCCCUUAUCAAGCCAGGCAGAAAGGGCCAUGGGCACAUUGUUCCUCUGUAUCAGCCAGCUCCAGUUACAGCACGCUCUGCACAUCUGGCAGCCGCCACACAAACACCACAAACAACCAGGCAGAAGAGGAAGAUGCAACACAGUGAAAACUGAAGUGGCCAACAAAGAUACAAUUUGGGGGAAAUAAAUGCAUGUUUCAUUGUAUUGCUUGUUAAUUAUAGAGCACUGUGAAGAGAGGGAAAUGUAGUGGGGCAUCGCUAUUUAUUAUGCAAAUGUAUUCCGUUUUAGUCACAAUUAAGUGAUUAGAAAGCUGUCGUUCUCUUUCUCACUUUCUCUCUUUUUCUUUGCUUUUCAGCAUAUUACUUUAAUGAAGCCAUUACUUCUGCAAGUGAAAUUUUAUGAGUUUUUAACUAACAUUUUAAUGAGCUAUAUAUUACCAUAAAGCAUGGAUUAGCCUAAAUUGAAUUUGGGGAGUGUGCAUUGGGAGGGAGGGGAGGGGAUACGAGGGGAGAGGUUCAUUAAAUAGUUAAUUAUAUUGUUUCUCCAUCACACUGUAUUCCAUGGUAUGGGCAUCCAGUAGAAUCCCGUGGCCGGUGCUUUCUGUCUUCUGCCAUUACGGUGCCUGGUCAGCGGGGGCCUCAUUAGGCCAAAUUAGGACUGCUGGGUGAAAAACGAGCUUUGAAGGAGGGCUGUGGGUUUUUAAAGAGGCGGGGGAGGCCCCUGGACAGAGGCAGGGAGACCUACAGCGUGGGGGGGGCAAAUUUUAUGGAAGUGCCCCCUCCCCCCCAUGUUAAAUUUACCCCCGUUCCUUCGGCUCGAGUUUAAAUUCCCCCCGUUUUUUCCCCCCCAAACCCUUCCCCGUUGGUGUUUCCCCCCCUCCUCCCCUCCCUUCUCUCCCCCCUCCCUUCUUCACCCUUUUCCCCAAAAAUUUAAAAAUUUCAAUUACACCUUUUUGGCCCUUUUUCCUUUUUUUUUUCUUUUUUUUCUUUUUCCCCAAAAAAAAACCCUUUUUUUUCUAAAAACCCCCAAAAAAUUAAAAAAAAAAAAAAAAAAAGGGGGGGGGGGGGAAAAAAAAAAGGGAAAAUUUUUUUCAAAAAAAAAUUUUUUGGGUUCAAAAAAACCAGCGUGGGGGCAUAGGUUGAUGGAAGGUGGGCCCCGCCUCCCCCCUCCACUAGUUAAUUGACACCCCUGUCCUCCUCCUCUUGGCUCUGAUGUUUUGAACCUUCCACCAUGUUCUUCCUCUCACCAUCUCCUGUUGUGUUGUCCUCCUCUCCUCCUCCUCCUCCUCUACACUCCCUCUCUUCACUUCACCUUUCACCACACUUGCUUUUCUCUCUCUCUCCAUCCCUGUCUAUAACCCCAUUAAAAAUGUAGAUAUCAUUGUCAUAUCACAACCUGUUUUCCCCCAGCGCCAUAUCACACCACUCCCUAUGAUAUGAUUUCCAUAUUUCCUGGGUCUUAUCUGGUGGGCUGACAGGUUUAUUUAGGACACCCUGGGUAGUAAUCUAGAGAUAGGAGGAGUGGUGGAGAAGAUGGCAUCAGCCUGGACAUGGUGUGUGUUACAUGAUAGGAUGAGCUGCAUAAUGACUCCAUAUAUAGAGGUAGAGAGGGAAUGGAGAGAGAGGAAGAGAGAAAAGUAAAGGGAGGAGAGAGAGAGAAGAGAUUCUGUGAUUCUGAGAUUCAGAGUGUUUAAUAGUCACAUGUACAGGGUUAAAGGUGUGAUCGAAGGGUACAGUGAAAAUCUUCGGCUCCAACAUGCAGGAGGACUAAGUGAAAUAAAAUAAUGAAAAUGGUAAUAAAAACACAACAACAAUAGAAAUAGAAAUAGCACUAUAUACAUUAUAACUGUAGCAGGGAUGAAUAAACCAUGUCCAUUGGGGCGGAGGCAGAGUAAAGCCUGUUGGGGGGGGGGGGGGGGCAUGACAUAGGGGGAGCAGCAUGACCAUUGAGGGGGUGUGGGGACCAAGUGAAAUAAAACAAUAUAAAUAAUAAUACAAAUAUGAAUAAUAAUAUACAUAUUAAAAACUACAACAGUGGUGCUUGUCAUUGGGGUGGGGGCAGAGUAAAAGUCAGUUGGUGGGGUUGGGGAAUGUCCCUAAGGGAAGCAGCAGGUAAGCUAAGUGAACGUUGAGGGGGUGUGGGGGGAAAAUGUCUAUAGGGGGAUCGGGGGGGCGGGGGGUGGAGGAGAGGGGUAGAGGUCAGCCGUUUCUCUGUGCUGACCUCUGACCCCAUAGAGGGAUAUGAGGGGGGUAAUUUCUGCAUCUGGAUGGGGGGCAGAGGUUACCACUGGCCAGUGGGGGGCCCUAUGAGAUGUCCGGAGUUACACAGAGAUCUGCCACUGAGACAAAUGGAGGCCUUCGCUCUACACCAUGCUGCACCCAGCGCUACAUUAUAUUGCAUCCUUCAGCGUCUACAGCCAGUAAUACAAAACACCAAAUGACUCCACAGAUAGCUCUAGUAUUGUUGGUGUAAAGUGACAGAUAUAUUACCUCUCUUGUCUAAAGGCAUAUAGUGGCAUUGUAAUAGUACUCUGGAUGGAUUGAGCAGAAAAAGCACUUCUUCCCAAGCACUGAAUGCUGCUAUCAUAGCUUGGAGCUAGCUAUUAAAAUACACUCCAGGAACAAUAUGUGUGCAGUGUUUUUUCCUAUCAGUGUGUGAAUAGGAGGCGGUAGUGAUAUCGGUGGGACUGGAUGGUGGUGGUGUAGAGUGGAGUGGCUCCAGGCCUGAACAGCAGUGCUGUAAUCCCUGUGUGUUUCUCAGCCCUGACCUGUCAGGAAAUAUAUGCAUGGAGAGGGAGCCCUUUACUGCAUUUGAUGGGAAAUAAAUGUUAUAAAAAAUAUAUCUCUCACAUGAGUAAUUCAGAUGGAUGCCCUGUGGCUUUAAGAGAGGCUGUGUACAGUUCAGUAUGUGUGUGUUUAUGCUUGUGGGCUUGUGUGUUUGUGUGUGUGUUUGUGUGUUUUUGUUUUGUUUGUGUUCGUAUGUCUGUGCAUGUGUGUCUGUCUGUGUUGUGUUCAUUUGUCUAUGAAUGUGUGUUUGUGUAUGCCUGUGUGUGCAUGCCUGUCAGAUGGUAGUAUCGUCAUAUAAAACAGGAGGAAGGAAAACAACGGUUUAGACACCAACCCGUAGCAUUGUGACAGGGAGCGGGAGUGCACAGCCUUUGUGAAACAGCAUCAGACACAGUAUGCUGGCUGGACGGCCCAGUCAAGGUUCCCCACUCAUCUUACAAGACAACUGGUGUCAUAUUCCAGUGACUAAUAUUCUGGCUUGUAGGAAAGGGGGUACAGAAUCUGCCUCUACACCCUUCUCUGUUUAUGUUUCUACCUACCACUCUGUAAUGAUGCUACUGUUGGUUGUAGUGUUGUUGGAUGUUUUCUGAGUCUUCUGUAUGGGUGAGAGAGAGGCAUUAGAGCUAGAUUAGGGCAGCAGGUAGACUAAUGUUUAAGUGUGUUGGGCCAGUAACCGAAAGGUUGCUGGUUCGAAUCCUCCCGUCGAUUAGGUGAAAUGUAUGCUGUUGUGCCCUUGAGCAAGGCACUUAACCCUAAUUGCUCCUGUAAGUCUGCUUAAAAUGUAGAUGGCUUCUGGCACAGGCCUCUGACUGCUAGUGUAAGACUCUGGCUGUUAAAAAGUGUUGUGUGUUUUCCUUUUGGCAAGGCCCCUCUCUUCCCCGCUCCGACGCUGUUCCACAGUCCAAGGCCCCUCUCUUCUCCGGACUGCUGCUGUUCCACAGUCUCUCUUCCCCGCUCCACCGCUGUUCCACAGUCUCUCUUCCCCGCUCCGCCGCUGUUCCACAGUCUCUCUUCCCCGCUCCGCCGCUGUUCCACAGUCUCUCUUCCCCGCUCCGCCGCUGUUCCACAGUGCAUGGCCCCUCUCUUCCCCACUCGUUUGCUGUUCCACUGUGCAAGUUGCAACUUGACUCUUUCCCCUUUAAGUGUGAAAGUUGACGCAGCACCAGAUGCAGAGCUGCCAAUUUACUGUGCUUUACCCCCGUCUGCUGCUACCCUCCACCCCACUGCUUUCCUGCUGCCUCCUUAGGUAGUUGGAGAAAUAAAUGAAUAUGUCUGCCGAUGGCGGAUUCAUAUUUUUCUGAUAUGGGUUUGUAUAGCCUGCAGCCUGACUGACAGAUGUAGCCUUUGCAGGCAGAAGGGUAUGCAUAUAUAAAUAUGUAAUAUUAAUCACCAGUAAGCACACUGGCAGGAAUUUGGCCAUGCUACCUCCAUGGGAGGUGAGGUAUUUUUGGAGGGGGAAGAGCUGUAGUUUUCAGUGGGAUAGAAAUGCAAUUAUGUCAGACGUCUGCCUGGCGAUAUGGGCCUCAGUGCCUGCAAGCCCCGGAGUUAGAGCAGGAGUUCAGAUCCUGUACAUACACAUAUCCUCUCACCCUCUCAAUUAUACAUACCAGACACACACACACACACACACAGCAAACACACACAAAAAACCACACACUUUCACAAACUGCACAUACAUGCAAGAAAUGGACUGCUAAACAGUAGUCUAAUGAAGGCAUAUGGUCAGUGGUAAUCAUCAUGUAAGCAGAAAUCCUAGGAAGAUGCUCUGGACGUUCUUAUUAUUUGGUACAGGUUGGAUCCAAUCAGGCUUGAAGGUCAGGAUUUGAAAUGUGUAAGUUAUGUUUGAAUGUGGGUGUGUUUUCCCUGCUCAUCUCUUGUACAUGCAUCUGUUCAAAGCAUUCUGUUAGUAUUACAGAACCCAGAACCAACACACAACCGUAAUCCUCUAACCCGAAUACACAUCAUCUGUUUGUUGGCUAAUAGCGGUUGGGAGCUCAGUGUUUGGAAGUGUGUCUGUUUGCAGGGGUGUGUUGUUUUGUUUGUUUGUAUAGGGGGAGGGGCUUGGUAGAUUUGCAAUACUGUAGAACGCGUACAAACACACAUAAUAUAACAUACACUUUGUCUAUUAGAUAUUUGUUCAAUUUCUGGACAGAAACCCAUUGGCCGCCACAUAAAAAAAUAAAAAUAAAAAAAAGAACACAAACACAAAUACCAGAACAAUAGGCAUUAGCCACAGUGGCCAGUCCAUCCCGGUGGUAUGAUUUCAGAAAGCAGGUUUCUGUUUGUGAUGGAAACAGAGGAACCAGGAAGGCUGAGGCUCAAGUCUCCACCCUGUCUAUAUGUCUGUCCAGGGGGUCCAUCUCUCUGGGGCUGGCUAAUCACAGCAACUCUUCAGUGCAGAGUGUUGCAUCCUAGCUGGACCAACAAUGGGAGGGACCCCCACCAGAGCCACUGCUCUAUAUCUCUCUCCCAAUCCUUCUCUCUCUCAUUUGAAUUUGUGUCACACAAAAGUCCCCCUAUGUACCCCGUUUCCAUCCCCUGUUUCCAUCCCCCGUUUCCAUCCCUGUUUCCAUCCCCUGGAAAAAUGAGUUGAAAGCUUUUUCCCUCCCUCCCUCCCCUUCAUAAAUAAAUAAAUAAACAGACAAUGGUGUUGUGGGCCUUGUAGAGCAGAGGAGAGGAGAGUAGAGGAGAGAUGAGAGCAGCGCACUGGGACCUAUUAUACCACUCUAAUCCAACCCCUUCUCCAUGUGUGUGUGUGUGUGUGUGUGUGUGUGUGUGUGUGUGUGUGUGUGUGUGUGUGUGUGUGUGUGUGUGUGUGUGUGCAGGCAAGCGCCAUGGGGGAUUUGCACAAGAACCUGUGGUGCUGCCCUUAAUUUAGGACUCCUCAAACAUCCCCUUCUUCUUUUAUCCAUCACACAUGUCCCCAGAUACACGACUGGAAUCACCGCCCGACAUGACGCAAUUCCUCAUUUGGAAUUCUGUGGAUUUGGUUUGGGUUAAGCGGGAAAAUGUCAGCUUGAGUGCGCCCAGCAUGUUCUAGAAUGAUCCCCAAUUUGUGGCUUUAACAAGCAGCCUGAGCUUUUAAGGUAAUAUUUUCUCUGUGAAAAAAGCUCUUUAUGUCUGUUCAGUGGUACAGUGUUUUCUGUAAUACUGCAGAGCACAAGGACAUUUGCUAACAUGCACUGAGUAUACAAAACAUUGCUCUUUCCAUGACAUAGACUGACCAGGUGAAUCCAGGUGAAAGCUAUGAUUCCUUACUGAUGUCACUUGUUAAAUUCACUUCAAGCAGUGUAGAUGAGCAGACAGGUUAAAUAAGGAUUUUUAAGCCUUGAGACAAUUGAGACAUGGAUUGUGUGUGUGUGUGCCAUUCAGAGGGUGAAUGGGCAAGACAAAAUAUUUAAGUGCCUUUGAACGGGGUAUGGUAGUAGGUGCCAGGCGCAUUGGUUUGUGUCAAGAACUGCAACGCUGCUGGGUUUUCACGCUCAACAGAUUCCCGUGUGUAUCAACAAUGGUUUGGGGGGCGGGGGGGGGGGUGUAUGAGACACUGAUACAGGUGUAGUCUCUAGUAUCUAAUGGGGGUUGAGGUGUAUUGUAAAGGGUUAACAUGAACAGCCAUUGUCUGGUUGACAAUGAGCAGGCCUGUUCUGUGUGUAUGACAGAACACUAGACAGGCUGAUAGGGGAUCUGUGUGACGAAAGGGCUACAUGAGGGCGAUUAGAUAGCGGGGAACAUUGUUUGCCAGACCACCCAUGGACAGUGUGUGUGUGUGUGUGUGUACUAUGCCCAUGGUACUGAGCAGUGCUGCGCCCAUGUGAGCUCUUUGAUGUGAGUUACACCAUGCUUCAGGGCAUUCUGUGUGUGUUUGGACUGCUGCCUCCGCUGGGACCCAUCCAUUAACUCCAAUUAGCUGCUAUUUGUGCUAGACCAGUCAGAUGAAACCUCACAUCUCAGUCUAACACACAGCAGCAUCACCUCACCAAGCACUCACCACACACACUCACACACAGACAUUGCCACUUAUUGCGUAAAGUUUUUGCAGAGAUGUCUAGCUAAGUAUUUGAUCAGAUAAAGUGUUUCGUCAUUGCAGAGCCUUCUCCGCAGGCUCACCCUCCCUCUCUCUUCUCCCUCUUUGUCCUCAGUGCUGCGUGAUGACUUCAGACAGAACCCUACAGAUGUGGUGGUGGCAGCGGGGGAGCCGGCCAUCCUGGAGUGUAUCCCCCCUAGAGGUCACCCUGAACCCACCAUCUACUGGAAGAAGGACAAAGUACGCAUUGAAGACAAGGAGGACAGGAUCACUGUAAGUACUACUACUAACUAACCACAUAAUACUAACUAACCACAUAUUACUAACUAAUCACAUAAUACUAACCAACCAUGUACUACUAACUAACCACUUAAUACUAACUAACCAUGUACUACUAACUAACCACUUAAUACUAACUAACCAUGUACUACUGACUAACUAACCAUGUACUACUAACUAGACACGUGCUACUAACCAACCCCUGGUCAUAGACCUACAUGAGGAAUGUAGCUCAACUUGUUUCCUUGUGCCCUCAGAUCCGAGGAGGGAAGCUGAUGAUCUCCAACACCAGAAAGAGUGAUGCUGGCAUGUUCAUCUGUGUUGGCACGAACAUGGUGGGAGAGAGAGACAGUGAGACGGCCCAGCUGACUGUGUUUGGUAAGCAUGAACGCCUAACAAUGCUCCCAAACGUGUUUAAAAAAAUGUGCGAAUACAUUUUCAUCCAUUGACCCCACCAAAAUAAACAAAAGUCCCUGGACGUUCCGUUUUUUGUUUUUUGUAAGCCACUGACUGCUGGAAAACACAGUCAACAGGACAGUAAACUGUCUGCAGCCACUACCAUGAAUAUUGCGGGGUCAUCGAACUGCCCACAUCUCUAUAGUUUCUCUAUAUAUUAGCCUCAUCUAUCCUCUCUAUAUUUUUAUGUCGUCUAUAUCUGACUCUAUUUUUGUCUAGACUCUAUCUGUUAUACCUGUCUAUGCAGUUUUAGGUCGUAUAUUCUAUAUAUCAAUGUAUCUCUCUAUGUUACUUUAUGGUCUAGUAAGUCUGUCGCUAUCUCUUCACUAUGAAAGGACUAUCUUAUCGGUAUCGAUUGUUAUAGAGUAUCUUCAUAGUAAUGCGCCAUAUAUCGAUGUACGGUUAGUAUCUAGCGAUUGCUUAUGCGCGUAUAGCGAGUAGCUAUCGAGAUAGAUAUUGAAGAUAGUAUGAGUAGUUAUGGAAGCGGUUUUCUCGCGUUAGCGUAUGCAAGGCUUUUUGUGUUUAUCUCUAUAGUCCACCAGACGGAGCGUGUCUUUGUCUCUAUAUUGUGGCUAUCUUUAAAUGUCUCUCUCUCUCUUCCUCACCCUGUCUAGUGCAGGGCUUUGUUUAUAGUUUGCGGCUUUGCGCUAAUUGUUUUUUCUGGCACCUGGUGGGCUUAGCGCGCGUCUUGCGGGUUAUCGCACUUGUCUCCCCCCCUCUCUCUAUCUCUUAUAACUCUAUCUUUUACUCUACUCUCUCUCUCUACGCGUCUCUCUCUCUCCUCGUCUCGCGUUCUUUCCUUUAUCGUAUAACGCAUAUGUCUCUCUCCAAGUCUCUCUCGUGUCUGUAUCUGUCUCACAUAUUUUAUGUCUCUAAAUUUGCUGUUCUAGUCUCUGGCGCCCGCUCAUGCGGUUCAAGCUCUGUCGUUCUAUUCGUUAUUUUCUAAGGCGGGAUCUCUCUCUCUCUGUUCGGUCUGUAUGCCUGUUGAUUGGUAAUGGUCGCUCAUCUAUGCGUCGUCCGUCUGCUCUAUCCAACGGUCUGUAUCCCUGCCUCUGCUGGUAUGUCGGUGACUGCGCUCAGUCUCUCUCGCUUUAUCGCGCGCGCGUCGUCGCGCCGCUUUUUCGCCGAAGCGCUCGCUCCCGCGCCGAGUCGCUCUCUCGACGCUCACCCCGUCCCCACACUGCGCGCGAGCUUCUCGCCCCCCCCCUCUCUCGCUCUCUUCUCUAGCUCUGCCGCUCUCUCUCUCUCGGUAUUGUCUUCCCCCCUGAACACUCCUACAGACACCCAGACCACACUGUUAUCUAAUCUGACUCUCUUCCUGCUCUCUUCUGCGUACGGGCGCAGGGGCCCCCCCCCCGACCGGGCCGCCGGGAGAGAGGGGACGAGGCGAGGGGAGGGCCGCGCGUGCGCAAGGGCGCAGCGCGGGCGGCCGCGAGGGCGGGCGCGGGAGGGCGCGGCGCGGGCGGCGCGAAGCGCGCCUAGCUCCCCCCCACGGGGGGGUGGGGACCCUAGACCCCCCCCACACCCCCCCGCCCCACCCCACCACCCCCCUCCGUGCAUAACCCAAACCCGGAAGCUCUCUCCAUCCGCAGACAACCUACCAAGGACCAGAGAGGAGGGAGGGAAGGAGCGAAGAGAGGAGCACCACUGAGCUCGAGGGGGAAUGGUUGGUGGGUUUCUCUCUCUGAGAGGAGUGGAAAGGGCGAAAGCCGGUUAUCUGACGACGGAGGGAGGGAAGGGGGGAGGAGGGGCGGAGGAGAGGGGGUAGAGAGGGGGGGGGGGGAUAAAGUAAUAUUGCUACUCCUUUUGUAUAUAUUCUCUCGCUAUAUAUAGAGUCGAUAUAUCUCUCUAUCUCCUCUCUCUCUAUUCUUAUCUACGCGCUGUAGUCUCUAUGUCUCUCUCUUUCUGUCUAUUAUAUGACUUUCCUUGCUCUAUCUCUCUAUGUCUCUGUUCUCUCUUUAUGUCUCUAUAUUUCUGCUCUCUCAAUGUAUAUGUUCGCAGUGGGAUGAGAUAUAUGGAUGGAGGUUUUUUGAUUUAGAGAUGAGAUCUUGAGGUCUCUCUCUACUCUCAUAGGAGAGAGAGAGCGAGAGAGAGAGUAGAGAGAGAGAGAGAGAGAGAGAGCGGAGAGUCUAUAGAGAGGGAGAGGGCUGGAGCAAGAUAGAGUGGUGAGAGAGAGGAGCGGACGAGAGAGAGAGAGAGAGCGAGAGAGAGAGAGGAGAGGAGAGAGAGCAGAGCAGGAGAGAGAGAGGAGAGAGAGAGAGAGCGAGAGAGAGAGAGAGAGAGAGAGAGAGCAGAGAGGGAAGUAAGAAAAGGGGAGGUUAGCUGUAUACAGAGCGAGGUAUAGAUCUCGCGAGAUAUAUAAUUCUAUACUAUAUAUAUCUAUAAUAUCAUGAUAUAUAGCUUAUAGAUAUGAAUAGAUCUCUAUAUAUCUAUAUAUAUUGAUGUAUAUAUAUUUAUGUUUCUUCUAUUAUAGCUACUCUUCAUGUAAAGAAUAUUUCUGUUCAUCUCUAUCUAUUUAUUUCUAAUGUAUAUACUAUCUAUUUAUGUAUAUACAUUUAGUGUAACUUUCUAUAUAAAUUUGUUAAUCUAUAAAUAUAUCUAUAGAUAUGUAUAUCUAUAUGUACUCUCUAUAUCUAUAUCUGUAUAUAUCUCUAUCUUAUCUCUAUCUAUGUAUCUCUAUAUAUCUCAUAUCUACCUAUCUCUCUCUCUCUCUCUAUUUGUUUCUAUUUCUGUCUAUCUCGAUCGUAUUAUCAUAUCUUCUCUGGCUAUAUAUUCGGUAUCUCCUAUCUAUAUCAUAUAUAUAUUAUAAUAGAUAUAUCUAUCUCUAUCUCUAUCUAUCUCUCCAUUCUCUAUCUCUCUCUCUCUCUCUCUCCCUAUAUCUGUCUCUAUGUCCUCUCUUUCUAUCUUUCUAUUUUUCUUUCAAUGUCUCGAUUCUGUUCUUUCUCUCCUUUAUUUUCUCUGUCUCUCUAUCUAUCUAUCUUUAUGUAUUAUAAUUCGUGUAUAUCUAUCGCUUUUCUAAUUGUCUCUCUUCUGUCUGUCUCUCUCUUUUAGGGAGAGGGGGAGAGCAGAUAGAGAUCGAUCGCGUGUGCGGGCAGAGAAAGGUAGGAGAGGAGGAGAGAGAGACGAGACGUGAGAGAGAAAAAAAAAAAAAAGAACAAGAAUCACCCGAUCUAAAACAUAGCAGAGAUAGAUAGCUACUAUCUAUGAGAAUAUAUCCUAUCUCCUCUCUCUCAUCUCUAUAGAUAGCUCUAUCGCCUAUCGCUCCAUCACUCCUCUCUCUCUUCUCUCUCUAUCUAUCUCUGUCUCUCUCUCUCUCUCUAUUUUUCUCUCUUUAUCUGAUAAAGUUCUCGCUCUCUGUCUUUCUCUCUCUUUAUUGUCUAUGUAUCUAUCUCUUCUCGAUUUCUGUAUAUAUAGGGAUGUCUCUCUCUAGAGGGCUCGCAGUGUAUCUCUUUCUGAUGUCAGAUCUGGUAGUUAGAUGGGGGAGCGAGCGAGAUAGCGGAAGGGCAGGGCGAGAGGAAGGGUUAGAGAGAGCGAGAGAGAGAGAGACGAGAGAGACGAGAGAGAGAGUAGCGAGGGAUAGCGAGCGCGAGAGAGAUAGAUAUAUCGAGUAUCUCUAUCUAUCUCUAUACUCUCGAUCAUAGAGAUCUCUCUAUUCUCGCUCUGAUUGAGCUCGCCUCUCUCUCCCUCCUCUCUCUCUCUCAUCUCUCUUUAUCGUUCUUGGCUAUCCUGGUUUCUCUCUCUCUAUCCUCUCCAGAGCGUCCCACCUUCCUGCGUCGGCCCAUCAACCAGGUGGUCCUGGAGGAGGAAGGGGUAGAGUUCAGGUGCCAGGUGCAGGGAGACCCCCAGCCCAACGUACGCUGGAGGAAGGAUGAUGUUGAUGUACCCCGUGGGAGGUAAGACCUUUCUUCAGUAGUACUCUCUUUCUUCUAUUCAACCAACCAAUCAACCAAUCAAUCAACCAACCAAUCAAUGAAUCAAUCCAUCAAACAACCAACCAAUCAAUCCAUCAAAAAGUGCCAUAGGAAAACACUUUACAGAAAAAUAUUCAAAUAUAUGUUAUUUAAUACCGCUGUUGUCCCUUGGCCCCCCUCUGUCUCCUCCAUUAGUAGUAUUGAGUGGUUGAAUCGGCUAGCGGAGCGUUGGUGGCCAGCCUGGCCUUCUUAACAUCGGUUCUUUAUUUAGACAUAAAUCAGGAGGAGUGAGCAAGUGGCAGAGUGGCGACGCGCUCUCGCUCUUCGCGCGCGGAGCGCGGCGGGCGAGCGCGCGGAGCGCGCGGGGGCGCGCGCACGCGGCAGCGCGCGCUGAGGGAGCGGCGCUGAUCGAUAUUUAUUAGUCUGGAUUUCUAUAUAUACUCUCUCUCUUUAUCUCUCGUGAUAUCUAUUUAUAUAUAUGGAAUAUAUCUCUAUAGCUCUCUCUCUCUCUACUACGUCUCUAUCUCGAUCUAGCUAGCUUACUCCUCCUAUCGACUCUCCUCUCUUCUAUUCUCUCUCUCUCUCUCUCUCUCUCUCUCACUCUGUGUGUCUCUGUCUAAUGAUAACUCUACAGGAGAAACAGGACUGCUGCCAGCUCUCUCUCACCUGCCCGUCUAAGCCUGCCAGCCAGCAGGCAUUAAACAAGACUAGUAGGCUGUUCACAACACUCAAUAACCACACAGGGUAACCCUGCUAGCAGCUAGACAAACACACUGUGCCCCCAUAGCUCUGUCUGUCAAUCAGUGGUCAGCCAAGGGAGACAAAGCGGUCUCAGUGUCCAUACCGGAGGCCAGAGUCUGCAGACAGACGGACAGAAAGAUAGGCAGGGUAUCUAUGAGUGUGCCAACUGAGGACGUGGCCCUGGGAGUGUAUGUGUGCAGGUGCAGCUAUAUAUGUGAGCCCUUGGCACAUAAUCCCACAAUCAUACCACACAACAAUAAACCCAUUCACCCUUUCUGAAAAAGGGAGAGAAACAGAGAGAGACACACCGGCCCUGUGUGAUCUGUAUUUGUCAUCGUUCAUACAGAAUACUGUACUACUCUGGUUCCUGUCAAACAUCUUCUCUUCAGCUAGUGCCAGCAGUGAUGGUGUUCUUGUAAGGUCCUCUCUAUUGGUCCUGUGCUCCCUCUGCCCCACUGUGGCUCCCAGUCACUGCACAUAGAGUCAACAGCAGGGCUGUGUCACUACCAGGCUUCAAAGAGACUGGCCUGUCCAACAUUAGGGUCACUGCUAAGGUCACCACAUUAAACACAGACUAACAGACGUUUGUCAAGGCUAGCUGCUAGCUGCUCUGUUUGUGUCUGAUAAGGAUAAGGUUCAUAGGGUAGGGAAUGCAUAAGCUAAGCCAAACCAAAUAGACAAACUAACUUACUCAUUCAUGUCUUUGAUGUAACUUUGGUUCAGGAAAUGAGUUAUUAUUAAUUAUAAUACAGUAAUUAACAGACUCAUGAGUUUAAUAACAUAAGAUAAAUCUUGGAAUAUGAUUUUCUCUGUUGCUCGUUUGCUGUGUCUUGCCUUUGAAGUACAGUCAUAUUUGGAGGAGAAAGCACUGAACAUGGGAAACAAAGGUAGCUGAAUGAUUAGAUGUUAACUAUCACAGUGUCCGUAAUUACAGUACCAUGUUGUAUUUGUUUCCAGGACUAUCUGUUCUCCUUCUCCUUUGAAGCAGACUGGAUGAAUGUGUGAAGGCUGGAUGAAUGUGUGAAGGGUGUAUUAUUUUAAAUUGGACGUUCUCUGCAGUCUUUGUUGUUUCUGGGAAUGAACAGUCGUUUUAUUGUACAAGUCAGUAUCUUUCCCCACUCUGCAGCUUAUCUGCAGUUACAACAUCAAACACACUGCCUGUCUGACAGAGAGAAACUAAGUGUAAUCCAGUUUGCCUGCGGAUAAUGAUGUACACAUUUUCCCACCAAUACACAUUCAGUGCCUUCAGAAAGUAUUAAUACUUAUUCCACAUUUUGUUACUACAGCCUGCAUUCAAAAUGGAUUACAUGUGUGUUUUUCUCAGCCAUCUACCCAGAAUACCCCAUAACGACCAAGUGAAAACAUGUUUUUAGAACUUUUUGCAAUUGUAUUGAAAUUUAAAUACACAAAUAUCUUAUUUACAUAAGUAUUCACACCCCUGACUCAUUACUUUAUAGCAGCACAUUUGGCAGUGAUUACAGCUGUGAGUCUUUCUAGGUAUGUCUCCUAGCACUUUCCAAACCUGGAUUGUCCAACAUUUGCCCAUUUUAGCUUUUCACAAUUCUUCAAGCUCUGUCAAAUUGGUUGUUAACAUUUAGACAACAUUUAGUCAUAGAUUUUCAAUAAGAUUUAAGUCAAAACUGUAACUCGGCCACUCAGGAACAUUCACUGUCUUCUUGUUAAGCAACUCCAGUGUAUAUUUGGCCUUGUGUUAUUGUCCUGCUGAAAGGUGAAUUAAUCUCCCAAUGUUUGGUGGAAAGCAGACUGAACCAGGUUUUCCUCUAGGAUUUCGCCUGUGUUUAGCUCAAUUCCAUUAUUUAAUAGUCCUUAACUAUUAAAAGCAUACCCAUAACAUGAUGCAGCCACCACUAUGCUUGAAAAUAUGGAGAGUGGUACUCAGUAAUGUGUUGUAUUGGAUUUUCUCCAAACAUGACACUUUUUAUUCAGGACAAAAAGUGAAUUGCUUUGCCACAUUUUUUGCAGUUUUACUUUAGUGCUUUGUUGCAAACAAGAUGCAUUUGCUGAAUGUUUUUAUUCUGUACAGGCUUUUUUCACUCUGUUAAUUAGGUUAAUAUUGUGGAGUAACUACAAUGUUGUUCAUCCAUCCUCAGUUUUCUCCGAUCACAGGCGCUGUUUUAAAGUCACCAUUGGUCUCAUGGUGAAAUCCCUGAGCUGUUUCCUUCCUGUCAGGCAACUGAGUUAGGAAGGACGCCAGUAUCUUUGUAGUGACUGGGUGUAUUGAUACCCCAUCCAAAGUGUAAUUAAUAACUUCACCGUGCUCAAAGGGAUAUUCAAUGUCUGUUUUGGUUUUGUUUUAUUUACACAUCUAGUUGCUCUUCUUUGCACGUUAUUGGUAAACCACCCUGGUCUUUGUGGUUGAAUCUGUGUUUGAAAUUAACUGCUCGACUGAGGGACCUUACAGAUAAUUGUAUGUGUGGGGAUGAGGUGAGGUAGUCAUUAAAAAAUUAAGUUAAACAUUAUUUUUCCACACAGAGUGAGUCACUAAAUGUAACACUAACACCAGAACCAGCCCUGAAAGAUGCAACCAUGCUGUGAUGUGCAGGUUGGCUUAAUGUGAAUGUGUGUGUGUGUGUGUGUGUUAAUGUGUAUGUAUGUAUGUAUGUGUGUGUGUGUGUGUGUGUGUGUGUGUGUGUUUGUGUGUGUAUGUAUGUAUGUGUGUGUGCAUGUGGUGGUGUGUGUGGGUGUGUGGUGUGGUGUGUGUGUGUUGUGUGUGUGUGUGUGUGUGUGUGUGUGUGUGUGUGUGUGGUGUUGUGUGUGUGCACAUGUGUGUGUGUGUGUGCACGUGUGUGUGUCAGUGGUGGUCCUCACGCAACCAUGCUGUGUGUAUGUACCUGUGCUUGUGAGUAAGCCUGAUGUGCAGGUUGGCUUAAUGUGAAUGUGUGUGUGUGUGUCUGUGUUAAUGUGUAUGUAUGUAUGUUUGUGUGUGUGUUUUGUGUGUGUGUGUGUGUGUGUGUUGUGUGUGUGGUGUGUGUGUUGUGUGGUGUGUGUGUGUGUGUGUGUGUGUGUGGGGUGGUUUUGUGCGUGUGUGGUGCAGCAGUGUUUGUGGUUGCGUGUGUGUGUGGUGCAGGCUGUGUGUGUAGUGCUGUGAGUGCUGUGUGCAGGUGCAGUGUGUGUGUGUGUGUGUGUGUGUGUGUGUGUGUGGUGUGUGUGUGUGUGUGUGUGUGUGUGUGUGUGUGUGUGUGUGUGUGUGUUGGUAUGUGUGUGUGUGUGUGUGUGUGUGUGCGUGCGUGCGUGCAUGCGUGUUUGUGGUGUGUGUGUGUGUGUGUGUUGUGUGUGUGUGUGUGCGUGCGUGCGUGCGUGCGUGCGUGCGUGCGUACGUGCGUGUGUGCGGGUGUGUGUGUCAGUGGUGGUCCUCACCACGGAGGAAAUUAAAAUGAAAGAUCAACUACUUGGGUUUGAUGUGAGGAAGGGCUGCUGUUUACUCUUCAUCUGAAAAGGUUACACUGUCCUUAUUAAUAUGAUAAGCUGCAGAAAGAAAGACAAUUAGAUCCCCCCUUCUCUCCCUUUUCUACAUGUCUUGCUCCCCCCCAACCCUGUUGGCCUAGACUAUAGAAUGGUGUGUGUGUAUGUGUGUAUGUGUUGUGUGUGUUUGUGUGUGUGUUUCAAAGGAUGAUAGCUGGAGCCUCAGCUGAGUAAACAGCUCUUUAAUGUGCUCACUGGCUCUAGCUGCCUGUCAUUGAAACACAGACACAGGCCCUGGCAUGGGGGAAAGCAGGGAUAGGGUGGUGGUGUUUUCACUAUGGUGAACAGAGGCUUAGUAGCACAUUUACAAGUUUGUUGUGUGUGUUGUUGUACUAUGGCAGGGUAGCUUUAACACUGGUAUUAAAAUAAUAGGGUGUGACGUUACCGAACACACAGGAAUCAAGAAUCAGGCUUUUGAACCAGAUCUGUAGAACUUGAAUCAGGCUUUUGAACCAGAUCUGUAGAACUUGAAUCAGGCUUUUGAACCAGAUCUGUAGAACUUGAAUCAGGCUUUUGAACCAGAUCUGUAGAACUUGAAUCAGGCUUUUGAACCAGAUCUGUAGAACUUGAAUCAGGCUUUUGAACCAGAUCUGUAGAACUUGAAUCAGGCUUUUGAACCAGAUCUGUAGAACUUGAAUCAGGCUUUUGAACCAGAUCUGUAGAACUUGAAUCAGGCUUAUGAACCAGAUCUGUAGAACUUGAAUCAGGCUUAUGAACCAGAUCUGUAGAGCUUGAAUCAGGCUUAUGAACCAGAUCUGUAGAACUUGUGUGUGACUUUCAUAUGGCUGGAAGAGGGAGGUUUCUACACAUCAUUCAGUAAUAUGGAGAGGAGGGAUCUCAUGGAAAUCCAUCUGACACAUCUGAGAGCCAGGAUGGGAGGAACAGAGAGGAACAGAAAGCUCAUGUUUUUCAGGCAGGAGAGAUUCAGAAGAGCCAACUAUAGCGAGCCCCAAAUCCCAGAGAACAAACAGACUUUGACAUGGUGUGUUUUAUCUCCCAGUGCCAAACUCUUCUCUCUGUGUGGCCCAAAUCCCUUUCUCUCUCUCUCUCCCUCCUCUCUCUCUCUCCUCUCUCUCCCUCUUCUCUAUCCUCCCUCUGACCCCUUGUGCCCUCCUCUUAUCUGAAUCCCUCCACCCCAGCAGCCCAUCUGUAUUCAGACUCUCAGUGCCCUUUGACCCCAGAGCUACAGCCCUCUAACAUCCCAUACCGCCUUUCAUUUUCCAUCCUUUCCUUUUUAAAUGUAUCUUUGUUUCUGUGUGUGUGUGUGCUUCUUCGUAUGUGUCUGGUGUGUGUGUGUGUGUGUGUGUGUGUGUGUGUGUGUGUGCACUUCUUCGUAUGUGUCUGAUGUGUAUGUGUGUGUGCUUCUUCGUAUGUGUCUAGUGUGUGUGUGUGUGUGUGCUUCUUCGUAUGUGUCUGGUGUGUGUAUGUGUGUGUGUGUGUGUUUGUGUGCGUGCUUCUUCGUAUGUGUCUGGUGUGUGUAUGUGUGUGUGUGUGUGUUUGUGUGCGUGCUUCUUCGUAUGUGUCUGGUGUGUGUGUGUGUGUGUGUGUGUUUGUGACAGGGCCGUGGUGGGUCAUUCUACUGAGCCAUUUACUUUAGCCAUUUCUUAUUGUUUUUGCAUUGUUGAAAAGGAACCUGCAAGUAAGCAUUUUGUUGGACAGUGUAUACCAUGUGUAUCCUGUACAUAUGACUAAUAAAACUGGAAAAUUAUCUCAGAGAGAGCUGUUACCGACAUUGCUGUUAGACAGUAUUGUUAGAAAGUGUUGUUAAAGACAGUGUUGUUAGACAGUGUUGUUAGACAGUGUUGUUAAAGACAGUGUUGUUAGAAUUGUUGUUAGACAGUGUUGUUAGACAGUGUUGUUAGUCAGUGUUGUUAAAGACAGUGUUGUUAGACAGUGUUGUUAGACAGUGUUGUUAGACAGUGUUGUUAGACAGUGCUGUUAGUCAGUGUUGUUAAAGACAGUGUUGUUAGACAGUGUUGUUAAAGACAGUGUUGUCAAAGACAGUGUUGUUAAAGACAGUUUUGUUAGACAGUGUUGUUAGACAGUGUUGUUAGACAGUGUUGUUAGACAGUGCUGGUAAAGACAGUGUAACAGGAGCAGCAGUGUUAUGCUGACCCUCUGUUUUCUGUCAUUCUUCACCUCCGCAACGAAAAACAUAUGUCAGGCUACGGCUUCUUUCUCCAUUACUUCCACUGAUAUAUAUAGACACAUCUGGUAUUCAUGAGUGUGAGUGUUUGUGUGUGUGUGUGUGUGUGUGUGUGUGUGUCAUCCUGUGUUAGUGCUAGGCUGAAUCUAUUAGACAAUAUAAAGUCAGACAGUGAAAAUGAAAGACAUACGGUAGCAGAAAAUAGCAGAGAACUAUACAGUGUCUUUAAUUAGGGAGAGGAUACAGGUCAUCCAUAAUGUCCCAAGUGUAUAGAUAAUUGAGCCUCAUCUCUGACGGGAAAAUCUUCAAAUGGCGCCUGUCUCCUUCCUCUCAUGUGAUGAAAAAAAGCUUGAACAUGUGAACACGGGGCUUCCCGAGUGGCACAGCGGUCUAAGGCACUGCAUCGCAGUGCUUGUGGCGUCACUACAGACCCGGGUUCGAUCCCAGGCUGUGUCACAGCUGGCCGUGACCGGAAGACCCAUGAGGCGGCUCACAAUUGGCCCAGCGUCGUCUAGGUUAGGGGAGGGGUUGGCCAGAUGGGAUGUCCUUGUCCCAUUGCACUCUAGCGACUCCUUGUGGCGGGCCGGUCACCUGCAAGCUGACUGCAGUCGCCAGCUGGACAGUGUUUCCUCCGACACAUUGGUGCGGCUGGCUUCCGGUUUAAGUGAGCAGUGUGUCAAGAAGUAGUGCGGCUUGCCAGGGUCAUGUUUCAGAGGACGCAUGGCUCUCAACAUUCGCCUCUCCCGAGUCCAUAGGGGAGUUGCAGUGAUGGGACAAGACUAACUACCAAUUGGAUAUCGUGUUCCCUUUGUCGAUCACACUCAAACACACACACACUCUGCCAGGCAUCUGCCGGUGAGUGGUUCUUUGCUGUGGAGUUUUUCCUGCUAUAUCUUCAACAUCUCCCUGUAGACUUUCAGCGUCUGUUCAAACCACUCUGACAAACUCUAAAAUGCCUAGCUGUGGUUGCCAUGGUGCUAUGGGCACUGUCAGCGCUCCGGGUAGAUGAUGCAUGGACCAAUUUUCCUGACUUCAUUGUCCCCUAGGGGAAAAUAUGUUGGAGUAUCAUCCACACAUUUUAAAAUUAUGUUUAAGAAAAGGACAAGAACAAUAUACUAGGACACUAGGAUCAGCUAACCUUAACCUAAACCAUUAGGGGAAAAAUACAAAACUGAUCUUAGAUCAGUGUCUAGGGGUAAUAGCACCACACUCUGCGUGGUUGGUAGACAGCAGACUAUAGCUGCGGGACAAGCCAACCACUGUGAGGGGAGAAGAGGAGUGAAGGAGUGUGGAGAGAGAGAGCAAGGGAGUCAAGUUCUGGCCUAGAGCACUACGGAGGGAAGGUGAGAAGUGAUAAGGCUGGUUAAUUGAUUCCGUCCCGCGGUUGACAAGCUCUCGACAGGUUAGCCUGGCUGCUUGGAUCAGGCUCAGGUAGAGUGUCAGUCAGAGUUUGUGAAACAGGAUCACUCUGCCCUGUCUAUCAGAGCAGAGCAGAGAAGAGAGGGGACUUUGUCUCGGAGCUACAGCCACAGAGUCAGAGUCAG